AACCACAACUCCCAGAGGGCUCCGCGCCCUCGCUUCGGCGCUCUUGCUCCAAGGCGCACGCGCAGCCCAAUCUGCAGAGCCCUGCGUAGGGACCACAACUUCCAGAGUGCUCCGCGCCCUCACCGCCGCCGAGCAACAUGGCUUCUAGAAUCGCCGGCUUCCUCAAGAAAGCCUGGGCCCAGGAGCCGGUGCUGUUCGUGUCCUUCACUAUCGGGGGCCUCGCUAUAAUUCUGCCCUUGAUCAGCCCCUACACCAAGUAUGCCAGCAUGAUCAACCAGGCCACACCCUACAACUACCCAGUGCCUGUCAGAGAUGAUGGGAACAUGCCGGAUGUGCCCAGCCAUCCCCAGGACCUCCAGGGCCCCAGCCUGGAGUGGCUGAAGAAUCUGUGAACACCUCUUUCUUCAGACAGGAAGCUGGCACCUGCCCCAUUCCCCCAAUAAAAGUAUGAAAGCCAA